GGAUGGACUUAUCAAUAUACUGAUUACAUAGUCAGAAGUUGUGAAAGUCAAUUGAUCUGGUAAUAUCAGUCCCCACAUAAAUUAGCUCUUUGAUUGUAAAAUUUUUCAUUUACAAACAAUGGAGAAAUUAGGGACAGAGUCCUCGAUGUUGAGGUUAGAUAAACCGUUAUAUCUCACUGACGAGUAUGUGAACAAACGAGUGACUGAAAUUUGCAGUAUUGAAACGAGUGAUAAGAAAUCACUGCUCCUGAAGGCAAUAAGCUUCAUUGACUUGACAUCUUUGAAUGCUGAUGAUACAGCAGGAACUGUUCAAGUUUUGUGUUCAAAGGCGAUAAAACCACUGGGACGAACGUCAGAUAACGAAGAUUUACACACAGCAGCUGUUUGUGUGCUCCAAUCACGAGUUCCCGACGCCACUCGCGCAUUAAUAGACAAAAAUAUUGCCAUUGCAACAGUUGCUGGAGACUUUCCAGCAGGCAAACUCCCUUUCGACCAACGUCUGGAAGAUGUUAUUGCAGCGGCACAAACAGAUGCUGAUGAAGUUGACAUCGUCAUUGACAGAUCUCUGGUUGAAAAUGAAAAGUGGGAGGAACUGCUCCAGCAGAUUUCAGAGAUGAGGAGAGCCUGUAAGGAUAAACACAUGAAGACUAUUCUCUCCACUGGUGAUUUAUCCAGUAUCGAUCAUGUGUACAAAGCCUCGAUGGUCGCCAUGACCGCUGGCUCCACGUUCAUCAAGACCUCCACUGGUAAAGAAGCUGUUAAUGCCACUUUGGAGGUGGGAAUUGUAAUGUGCGAGGCCAUCAAGGAGUUUAUGAAGCUGACUGGCCGAAAGGUGGGGCUGAAGCCAGCUGGGGGUAUCAAGACUGCAGAUCAGGCGUUACAGUGGGUGAAUUUAGUCCGGGUAAUGCUGGGAGAGGACUGGCUCGACAGUGGUUUAUUCAGAAUUGGAGCCUCCAGUCUUUUGGAUGAUCUGGUUCGAGCUGUUGAUAACUCCUGAUUGAAUCGGUCACUUCAGUUAUUAUUUUGACAUUUUUCUACAGAUGCCGUAAUGUUUUUUUAAUUCUCGAUUAUAUUCUCCAGUGAAACCAUUUUCAUAAACACGAAUUUGAUAAAAAAAUGAUUUAUACAA